CUGGGGCACUUCCGGUUGGGAAAACAUGGCCGCGGCCGUGCGCGACUCACGUGGGAGUGCGGGGAAGAAGCUGAAACACGCCGUCAAGAGGAAAAAGAAGAUGAAAACGGUAGCCAAGGCUGCAGCAUCGGAGCUGGAAGAUGAGGGCCAAGACGCUGCCGACGUGGGAGGUUCCACAGGAAGGCGUGCGUCACAAAAGCGACACUUUUCUUCUGAUGACGAAGCAGCGGAGGCUGACAAUGAAGAUGAGCUGGAACCCUGUGACGACGACAGCGAAAAUGCUGCUGGAGCCGCCGCGGGGACCAGCUCGGGCUGGGCCGACGCCAUGGCUAAAAUCCUGAACAAGAAAACCCCUAAGAGCAAACCCACCAUCCUGGUCAAAAACAGAGAGCUGGAAAAGGAAAAGGAGAAGUUAAAGCAGGAGAGACUAGAGAAGAGGAAGCAGCUCGAUAAGAAGCGGGAGUGGGAAAUGAUGUGCAGGGUCAAGCCAGAUGUGGUCACCGACAAAGACACCGAGAGGAAUCUGCAGAGGAUCGCCACGAGGGGUGUGGUGCAGUUAUUCAAUGCCGUCCAGAAACAUCAGAAGAACGUUGAUGAGAAGGUCAAGGAGGCCGGGAGCUCGAUCAGGAAGCGUGCGAAGUUGAUAUCAACCGUUUCCAAGAAAGAUUUCAUCAGCGUUCUGAGGGGCAUGGACGGAAGUGCCAGCGACAAAGGUUCGACCGGAAAGAGCUCACAGGCCAAGCAGACUGAAGCGAGAGAAGAGGGCCCAGGAUGGAGCAUCCUCCGAGACGACUUUAUGAUGGGAGCGUCCAUGAAGGACUGGGACAAAGAGAGUGACGGGCCGGAUGGCAGCAGCCCGGGCGGGGGAAGCGACUCCGACACAUAGUGGACGUGCAGGAGGCGCCGCGACAUGGCUCUGUUCUUCCUAGAGAAACACUUCUCGCUCCGGAAGCUGGCGGACCAUCAGGAUGCCGUGUGUCAGGAAGCCAGAAGACUUGCACUUCUCACAUAAGCUUUGUUAAAGUUACGUGUUCGACCUGUGUGUAAGUUUAAGCAUUUGUAAAAAGAAAUGUCCCUCAAAACAUUUGUGAAAAGAAAUGUUUCGACUUGUCCAGCGAGAGGCUCCUUUUGCCCAUCACUGGUUACAAGUUGGUCUUGGGUUUUGGUGUCUUGUCGCAGGUAUUGUACUACCAGCGUUUCCGGAAAUGCAGUGUUCUUCAUCAUGAAAAUGAACUCAACGUUAAUGUUCUCCACCUACAGAUCUGUGCAUUAUAGUUUGUGGGGGGAAGGUUGGUGUUUGUUUUGGUGACCUAUUGAGAAAACGUAGGUAGUAAAGUUUUAAAUUAUAGUAUUUCUGAUUUGGAGUGAUGCUUUUAUAUUUUUUUAGAUAUUCUGGCAAAUAUAUAAGAAACGUGUCAAAUCUAUACUUUUCUAUUACUUUUAUGUGCUAAGUAAUGUACAUAAACAAUGCCUUAAGAUUUAUUUUAAGUGUUGGGCUAUCUUUGCUCUCGUGUCAUUUCUUAGGAAGCACAUGUGACAUGUUCCGUGCGUGUGUGUGUGUGUGUGUGAGAGAGAGAGAGAGAGAGAGAGAGAGAGAGAGAGAGAGACACUGUGAGUUACCUUCAAUUCUCUCUCAUGAUUGGAUGACCAGUGAGGUCGUAGUUAACUAACAAGGGGUCUGUUAAGUAAAAGGAGAAUGCAAAGAUAGACUGUAGUGUUGUUCCAAAAUUUCUGUAAAACUGGGCCUAAGAUCUAAAUCUGUAGGGGAAUUGUUCAAUAAAUGUGAUCUCUUCCCUUUUUUAAAAAGGCUCUGUCCCUGUGUCCAUCUUGCGUAGUACAGAUGGGUCCCUCCUGCUACCCAUGCACACACUCGCUCUGUUAAACACCGAAGGAGAGCCCUCCCCAAACUCCGCUAGAGAAGGGAUGUUUAUAUUCUUCAGCCGGUGAGUGUGGCAGGCAUUGCAUAACUGAAGUUAAAUUAGUCCACGGCCUGGCAUUUGUUAUCAUAAAGGAAGGUGUACACCUACGAUAUCAGGUGACUAAACCAGCAAAGCUCAAAUGCAUUUUUGUAUUUGUUCCAGCUUUUGAACUUGAGUGCCUUAUUAAAUGAUAGGACUGCCAUUUGUCAGGGCAAUAUAAAUAAAUGUGAGCAAAUAUUCUUCAGUAGUAGCAGAGGAGGGUUAAAUAUCCACUUGUAACUUAACGCAGGUGAAUAUUCAGUUCCAUAUAACCUAACACAUAGGUGAUUUGGGGGGAAAAUAUAUAUAUAUAGCACCAAAAUACUGUUUUCUCCCCAGAAUUAAAAAUUACGCUUUAUUUUUUUAUUACUCUUUCUGCAUCAUACUGAACCUUUGCAAAAAUUCUGAGUAAAACUGACAAAUAACUUGUCAUUAUUAAAA